AUGGAGUCACUUUGGGUCUUUGUCGCCCCUCUAAUUCUUGGAUUUUCCUGCGAUUGCCUGGUCUGGGCGGCUGGCCCCGCUGCUGGAGGGAGCGCUGUUUGUGGCAUGGGACCAGAUGGAAUAGGAUCUGACGGAGAUCUGAUGGAGUGCCAACAAAUUGCUUUGUCUACGUUGAAGAUCUAAGGUUGGGGCGUUGGCCCUGAUCGAUCGAGAGGGGGGCGGACGACAACCCGAACACUGCUGUUGUGACAAUGCGCUAAUCGGUCGAGAAGGGCAAUGAUCGGCCCAACUCAUCUUGGAACAGCGCUAAUCGGCCGAGGAGGCGAAAACGUGGAGGAGGCCAGUGACACACAUUUUUCAAUGGCGCCUCGAACGGUGAACAGUCUUGGAAUGGGGCCGAGUUAUCGAGGAGACGAGGGAUAGCCCGGACACAAUUUUCCUAGUUCACAUACCCCGUAGAUGCGAUGUUCCAGCUUACAUGGGGCCUGCUGCUUUGU